AUGUUUCAACUCACGCUCUACACUAUUUCAUGUUCAUCCGUCCUUGAAUUUGAUUCGGAUGUGGACGACCCCUCCACACCGGCUUCUCAAGGCUUUGGUAAUUAUGUCGGCCAGGCCACUCUGAAGUAUGACUGUGAAGGUAAUGAUCAAGGCUGUAUCUCAGGGAAGGCAGGCGAGGCUUUCUACGUUCUAGAGGUGGAUAAUGACGGCUCUGGCUGGACUGGCGUCGUCAGCGCAGAUGGCUCGAGACAGGGCUUCCUACCGACCACUCACCUCAGCAUCACACUCUACUGA